AUGCAGUGGUCGCUGGUGGUGUCUCUCCUCUUGUGCUGGCCUGCUGCAGCAGCCCCAACGCCUCCGGGGAUUGUGCCCCCCGUGGGCUCUCUGGGGACUCUGCAGACCCUGCACUACAAUACCCUCUCCCCAAAUAACAAUGGCACCGCUGCCGUGCUGGUGUAUGACCACGUGAGCUUCUCCGACGCACAAAGCCGAUGUGCCGCUAUCGGAGAGCAGCUGUAUCCCCUCGUGGACGCCCCGAUGGCCAACCGCACCGAGAUGGAUCACCAGCUGGACUAUCUCGUCUUCUCAGGCAGUCUUCAGGGUUCUGAUCUGCUGUGGACAUCGUCCCCCUCCUCCGCCCAGUCCUCCGCCUGCCAGGCGUACUCCCCGAGUCGCAGGCAGACGGUAUCCUCGCCAUGCGACCAGAGACUGGCGGCAUUGUGCACUUCGCGCGUGCCGGCCACCACCGACCGGAAUCGUGAUGCGGUCGAGUCCUCGCGACUGGCUGUGGCCUCGCACGAGUACACCAUCACGGGCUAUCGGGAUGCGCGCUCGUUCCGGUUCCUGGGCAUCCCGUUCGCCAACCCCCCGGUGAACGCGCUGCGGUUUGAACCACCACAGCCGUACACGGGUUGGCAAUUGAUCGACGCCACUCGUAUGCCUGCCUCGUGCAUCCAGCACAGUUCCAGCUCUGACGCAUUGGGCCGGAUAUCGGAGGACUGUCUGUAUCUGAACGUGUACACACCGCUGGUGCCGGGAUCGGACCGCACGAAUGGGAGCAACACCAAGCCCGUGGCCGUGUAUCUAUACGGAGGCUCCUUCACGCAGGGCAGCGCCUCCGAGAUCGACUAUGAUGGCGGCAAUCUGGCCAGUCGCAACGACGUCGUCGUGGUCACGGUCAACUACCGCGUGGGGAUGCUGGGCUGGCUGACGACGGGCGACCUGACGACGGGCAACUAUGGUCUGCGCGACCAGCUGCUGGCCCUGCAAUGGGUGCAGCGACACAUCGUCGCCUUUGGAGGUGAUCCGUCUCGCGUGACCGUCUUCGGCCAGUCCGCCGGCGGACAGAGCGUCGUGGCGCUGCUGUCUUCCUCCGCCGCGAAGGGACUCUUCUCAGGCGCCAUCGUGCAGUCCGCCCCGUUGGAUCUGCCCUGGUUCACCCGCGACGUCUACUCCAAGCUGGUGACGCCGCUGCUCGCCGACGCGGUGGGCUGUGGCGAUGCGACCAAUCCCUCCGAGGCGCAUCGGGUCGCCUGUCUGCGCACACGACCUGUCUCGGCCUUCCUGGACAACUCGACGGAGGUGCAAACCGCGCUGGCAGCUAUUGCCAACGCCACAGCUACUUCGUAUCUGCAGGUCAGCGAGCUCAUGGCCGCCACGGAACCGCUGAUGCCCAUCGUGGACGCGGACGCCGGCAUCAUCGAUGACCAAUUCUACCGUCUGCUGGCGACGGAUCGACUGCCCAACCGCGUCCCUACGCUGUUCACCACCGUCACCGACGAAGCGGCCGUAUAUGUCGGCUCGGCGGUGCCCUCGCUGGGCAGUAGUCAAAAGGCAUUGAAUACGCUGCUGCAUGUUGCUUAUCCGGAAGAUUUGGCCACUGCUCUUGUAAAUGCUUCUGUCUUCCGUACGGAUCCAUCCGACUCGGAUAGUGUGCGCAACGUCGCUGGAUUGGCUCUCACAGCCAGUGAAUGGACCUGUCCUCUAUCCUAUCUUCUCAGGGAGGCCUCUUCGCCUUCCAAAUCCGAUUCCAAACCCAUCUUCCCUCGUCUCUACGCUCUAGAGAUCACCUCCGGCCACGCGCGCACCAACAAAAGUAUCCCAACCGCCUGCCUUCCCAAUUCCAUCUACAACGCGACCUGUCACUCCGCAGACGUCCUCCCCAUCUGGGGCACAUUAAACAGCAAAACCAAAGACGUGGAUCCAUACUACUCCGCGAAGGAGAUACUCCACUCGCAACUCCUCGACGAUGUAUUUGGUUCGUUUUUCCGAUCGCGCGAUCCAAACCCGGACAUGGAAUGGUUGAAAGUGAGAGGAUCCGCCUACGCGUAUUCCCAGAGUAUUUUUGGAUCUCGUGGAUAUCGUGUUGAGGAGUGGGAGAGUACGGCGAGGAAUAUUAGUCUGCUGGGGAUGAUGCCGUCGGAGAUGGAGAGUCCGGGACAUUCGGCUCAGUGUCGGUUUUUUGAUGGGUAUGGGUAUACUUUUCAGAGGGCUAAACUGGUAUAA